CGCGGAUAAAAUUUCUCUUCUCUAGUCAAAGUAAUUUACAUUAAGGAUAAUAUCUUCACUCAUAUUAAUACUUUUCUAUUCCUGUGCAUUAGUCACUAGAAAGUUUGAUUUACAUUUAAAGGAAGAAAAUAUGAGAAUUGAAGAACUUGGCUUUAUUUUGAUUCUGGUGACAAUAUGUGUGGCGAUUCCAAAGCUUUCUCGUCCUAAAUUGUAUGGAACAGCUAUUCCCCCAUCUGAGUUGGACCCUACCAACAAUUCAACGAAAAGGAAAAUACUGCUAGCGCACAAUUUUUUUCGAUCUAAGGUUGAUCCACCUGCAGCUGAUAUGCUGGAAAUGUCCUGGCAUGAAGAAGCAGCAGAAGAUGCACAGCGCUGGGCUGAGUCUUGCCAACUACUUUUACAUGACAACGUCACUGGGCGAUGGACGGAAGAUUUUGGCUCUUGCGGACAGAACAUCUUUGUAGCAAAUGUUCAAGUUCCUUGGUUUUUUGCUGCCAAAGCGUGGUUCCUAGAAAAACUAAAUUUUACUUAUGGAGAAGAUGUAAAUGAUCCAAAUGUUGUUGGACAUUACACGCAAAUGGUUUGGUACAGCACUCAUAGAAUGGGAUGUGGUUUUAAUUACUGUGAGGCAAAUAAUGUCACAAAAUUCCCUUACUUUACUUAUGUAUGUAACUACUGCCCAAUAGGAAACCACCCAGAACGAUUUGACUACCCAUAUACUAAUGGCACGGCAUGUUCUAUUUGUGAAGGACAAUGCAAGUUUAAAAAAUUUUGUACAAAUGGUUGUAAUUAUGCUGAUUUUUGGACAAACUGCGGUGAGCUGAACUCCACUUGGCACAGCUGGCUAUGUGAGGAUGAGACAACUGAUCGAUAUCAAGCAUGUCGUGCAACAUGCAAAUGUGAUGGUGCAAUUCGAUGAAAAUAGAUUUUUGAAGCAGGAAUGAAAAAUUUAUUAAUAAAGGAUGUAAAAUCUUAAAUAAAAUUUUUAAA